GAGGCGGCAUGGCCCGGCUCGGCCCGGCCGGAGGAGGCGGCGGCGGCGGCGGCCCCGUCCCCCUGCGGCUGGAGGCGGCGGCAGCGGGGCCCGCGCAGCACUGGCUGGCCGUGCUGAUGGUGCUGCUGCCGGACGAGGACGAGGACCAGGACGACGAGGAGGAGCAGCCGCCGCCGCCGCCGCCGCCGCAGCAGCAGCAGCAGCAGCAGGGCCGGGGCGAGGCCGGCCGGAGGAGGAGGAGGAGGCGGCGGCAGCAGCAGCGGCGGCGCGGAGAGGGCGCCCCGGCCGGGCUGCUCCCCGGGGACCCGCGCCACCGCCGGCUCCUGCUGCUCCUGCUGCCCGCCGCGGCGAAUGGAGCUGCGGCCGGAGGCGGCGUCGGCGGCGUCCGGCACAGCGAGCUGCCUGCGCCGCUCACGGAGGGUCUCCCCAGAGGUGGGCUGACCAUGAAGGAAGAGCCUCUGGCCGGAGGGCUGUCAGCUGUGAGGUCCUGGAUGCAGAGCACUGGCAUUCUCGAUGCCAACACCGCGGCUCAAAGUGGCGUUGGACUGGCUCGGGCCCACUUUGAGAAGCAGCCUCCCUCCAACCUCAGGAAGUCCAACUUCUUCCACUUCGUGCUGGCCAUGUACGACCGGCACGGGCAGCCGGUGGAGAUUGAGAGGACCUCCUUCAUCGACUUCGUGGAGAAGGACAGAGAGCAGAACGGAGAGAAAACCAACAACGGCAUCCACUACCGGUUGCAGCUGCUGUACAGUAACGGACUGCGGACAGAACAGGACCUCUACGUGCGGCUGAUCGACUCCAUGUCCAAGCAGGCCAUCAUCUACGAAGGGCAAGACAAGAACCCAGAGAUGUGCCGUGUGUUGCUGACCCACGAGAUCAUGUGCAGCCGUUGUUGUGACAAGAAAAGCUGCGGGAACCGCAACGAAACACCCUCCGACCCCGUCAUCAUCGACAGAUUUUUCCUCAAGUUCUUCCUCAAAUGCAACCAGAACUGCCUAAAGAAUGCUGGGAACCCCCGGGACAUGCGUCGCUUCCAGGUCGUGGUGUCAACGACGGUGAACGUGGAUGGCCAUGUCCUUGCAGUUUCUGAUAACAUGUUUGUCCACAACAACUCUAAGCAUGGGCGCCGGGCACGGAGGUUGGACCCUUCUGAAGCAGCCACGCCGUGCAUCAAAGCCAUCAGCCCCAGCGAAGGCUGGACAACGGGAGGCGCCACCGUCAUCGUGAUUGGAGACAACUUCUUUGAUGGGCUACAGGUGGUCUUCGGCACCAUGCUGGUGUGGAGUGAGCUCAUCACGCCGCACGCAAUCCGUGUGCAGACGCCCCCACGGCACAUCCCUGGGGUGGUGGAGGUGACGCUGUCUUACAAGUCCAAGCAGUUCUGCAAAGGGGCACCUGGACGCUUCGUCUACACCGCCCUGAAUGAGCCAACCAUUGAUUAUGGGUUCCAACGUUUGCAGAAGGUGAUUCCACGGCACCCUGGUGACCCUGAGCGUUUACCCAAGGAAGUGCUACUCAAGAGGGCGGCUGACCUGGUGGAAGCCUUGUAUGGGAUGCCACAUAAUAACCAGGACAUCAUCCUGAAACGAGCAGCGGACAUUGCCGAGGCCUUGUAUAGCGUCCCGCGCAACCCCAACCAGCUGACCUCCCUGGCCGGGAACCACGUCCACUCGGGCAUGAUGGGGGUGAACUCCUUUGGGAGCCAGCUGGCCAUCAACAUCAGCGAAUCCACCCAGGGCUCCGAGCAAGGCUACACCCGGAACACAAGCAGCGUCUCGCCCCGAGGCUACGUGCCCAGCUCCACCCCUCAGCAGAGCAACUACAACACCCUCACGUCCAGCAUGAAUGGUUACGCGGGGGCCGCCAUGACCAGCCUCGGGGUCCCCGGGUCCCCCAGCUUCCUCAACGGCUCCACGGCCAACUCCCCCUACGCCAUCAUGCCCUCCAGCCCGCCGCUGGGAGCCUCGUCGAUCGCCAGCUCCUCGACCCCAGCCGGCGUCUUCUCCUUCUCCCCCGUCAACAUGAUCUCUGCCGUCAAGCAGAAGAGCGCCUUUGCUCCCGUGGUCCGGCCGCAAGCCUCUCCGCCCCCAACCUGCACCAGCGCCAACGGAAACAGUCUUCAGGACCAAACCUUUGAGGAUUCAGACAAGUUCCACACACCGUCUCGGUCGCUCCAGGGACUGGCUUAUUCCUAAUCACACCUUGACGGGUCUCAUUGUACCGCCCAUGUGAGCAGGGAGCGAACGGUGAGCCCUCUGAAAAGAUGGACCAACAGACUGGCACUUCCCCAGGCCCUUGGACUGAAAGGGUCUGGGCACUGCUGAUGAGACACGGGUUCCUAGAGCCCCCUCCCCAGCACCUUCCAACUUGGCUGCACCAUUUCCAAGAGCACCCCCUUCUGUGGGAGGCUGCAUUGCAGCAGGAAAAGCCGAGGGAGACACUGAUCAUCAGCUACUGGGAGAUUCCUGACCGUGAACUGGGGGCCUCUUCCUCCGAGGAUAAUGUUGGGGUGGGAUGGGGUGUUUGCAGGGGAAUUCAGCACGGCCGUCCUUUCUUCAAGAGGUCCUUUUGCCCGCCUCCUGCACCAUUUCUCGCAGCUUUGGUUCCAGAAUCACGAAUACAAGGACUCCACCAUCCCAUCUGGGUUUCCACUCAGGUAGAUUUUCUCCCUGCUAACAUUCCUUUUUUUAAAAUGUAUCGUUCAUGGCAGUGAUCUCCACGACAUUUCAGGCGGGGGCCACUCUGGCAAAACCGCUUCCGUGUGAGAGCCGUUUCCCACUGUGUGGCCCUCCGCACAGUCCCGCUGGGAGGGCCCUUCAAGGAAGGCGGGGUCCUCUUCAGAGCUCGAGGAGGGAAGCGCUGGGCAGGGCUACACUUCCAGGUGCUCUGUGCUUGCCUUCCGAGAAGGUGCAGGGGCUCCAGAGGGCUCCGCUUCCCUUAAAGGAGUCCCCAGGUGCUGGCCGAGUGCAGUGCCUCAUGGUGGGAAGGGUCGUCUCGGCAUGGACUGUGCAGAGAAUCCUGCUUUGGCCAAGGCUUCACACCGGCCCAAUGCACAAUCAGGCAGGGAUCCACUCUUAGCGUUGAUGGGGGCUGCCACUGGCCCCCAGGCCUUACAGUGAAGAAGAACACGGAUUUAUAGCAUUGGGUCCCCCACUCCCACUGGAGAGAUCUCUCCUUGGAAACGGGACCCUGAGCAUCAGCCCUGCAAGGCAGGACUCCUGGGUUCUUUUUUGUACCACAGGAAAUGAGUUGGCAAGGUGGUCCCUCCACUUCUGCAGGGGCCGCUCCAUUUCUGCCUCCCCAAAGCAAGCCGGUUUCAGCUGCAGUCCCACCUCCCCCCUGGGCCUUGCCUGAUGGAGAUGGAUUUCCAGAGAAGGGAAGAGGAUCCCCACUGCAAAAUGCAUUCCCCUGCCCUGCUCCUUGACUUCCAAGUAAAUGCAGAAUAAAUCCUCCAGCACUAGAGGUUUUGGCAGGAGAGAUGCUUGCUGGUGCAUUCCUACGAAGGAAGGUCAGAGCAAGGGGAAGGCUUUCCUGGGACCUUUGCAGGCUCUUCCUCUGCACACGGGUUCUCCAAGAGGCAAAGCGCCAGAAAUCGCCCUCAGCCAGGGCGCACCUCGCCCGUGGGCCUGGAACCGUGUGGCCCCCAACCUAGCCAGGACACGUGUCGAGGAGCCCCGUUCCACGCUCCCCUCCCACCUGCUCCGGCCUUGGCUGUGUCUCCUUCCCAGCCUCUCCAGAUGUUGCAAUGCCCACCCACCACUCCCCAAGAGAGUUCCCUUCCACCUCACCCCAUCGGCAGGAACCACCACCGCUGCCUCCAGUUCCGGAGACCAGAAAGGGCAAAACCUUAUGAAUUGCGUUCUCUUGGGGCCAAUGAGGGGUGGGAACCACCCAGGGCUGUACUCGCCCAGCCAGAUCGCCUUGUCUGUAACCAACCCUUUAAUUUAACUUCUCCUACCGUUUUCAUGGCUCCCAGCAUUAGACGGGGACAGGGCUGUCUCUAGCUUGCGCAGGGCCCAGGGCGGAAAUAGUUUGUGGGGUCCCCUGUGAUGGGUCAGGAGCCUCUGUGGCCCUUCUGCGGUGCAGAGCGGCCCUGUAAGCAGGGGGGCCCUGAGCUGUUGCCCUUCUGAGCCCCUCACCUCUGUCGGCCUCCACACAGUAACCAUCAACGUCUCUAAGCCAGUGAACUUCACUGUUGUCCAGUGGGGGCCACUUUUGCAGAAAACCUUCCCGGGGAGAGCCCUUUCCCCUCUGGGCUGACUUCUGCACAGUGCCGCACACACUGCUGAGUGCUGGGAGGUUUCCCUUGAAGAGAGAGGGAGCCCUCUCUCUGGGGGAAGCGCUGCGGAGGGAGGCACUUCCCAGAACUCUCUGGAUGCCUUCCAAGAGGGUGCCGGCGGGGGGGGGGGCUCAAGAGGGCUCCGUUGCCCUUCAAGGAGCCACCCCAGCCUUGGGCCAAGGGCAGCACAGCAAGGUGCGAAUGGCCGCCUCUGCAGGGUGCCUGGGGAUUGUGCAGAUUAUUCCGCUUUGGCCAAAGCUUCACACAGGCCCAAUAAACCAUUAGCAAGGGGGCGGCACUUAGGAGCCACACGGGGGCCACCACUGGCCCCUGGGCCUUACAGUGAAGAACUCGGCUGUGAGUGGUCAGUAGACACAGAGCUCUCCAGUGGACCACAGGAUAAGUCCCCACUCCAGCUGCCCCUCCCCUGGGGACCGGUGACACAAGGAGGAGGACAUACCAAAGCCCAGUUCAGAUUUGAUCCUGUACGAGCAUACAGAUGUCUGUACACUCAUCCAGGUGUUUGUGUGAAGGACUAUACCUGUGUUUGUUUUAAAAGGGAACCUGGACAGAGGCCCUUCAAAUGCAUGGUACAGGCCAGAAGUGUACUUCUGGACCUAAGUUCAGCAUAACAUGUGAAUGGCCGUACCUGUAUACAGAUCUGCACCUGUGUACACUGUACACUCAUUGUAUGAGUGUUGAAUAUAAUAUGUGAAUGGGCUUCAAGUGAUCUGCACAAUCCACGUGGCUGCCACUGACAUAUGUGACAUCUGUGGCAGGGAGCCCUACCUUGCAGGAACUGCUUUUUAGUGACAGCCGCACCGUUAUGCUAGGAGAGAGCAGGGAGGGUCGAUCUUCUUUUGCAGAGGAGAACACAGUCUCCUGCUCAGACUUUGAAUAGUUGGCUCAUGUGACCAGUAUAGGGCCCACUCCAGCCUUUCUCAGAACGCCUCUGUCCACCAUAGAGGAUGGCUUCUUCACCCGAAAGCAGCCGAGGCGUUGUGGGACAUCGGCCAUCAUUUCACUGAAAAAGGAUCUUCUGGGAAUACCUCUACAUUAUAUCAACAUGUGUCAGAGUUCUAUCAGUUCCACUGUCCUCUCCCUGCUCAAAGAAUCCUGGGAAUUGUAGUUUGAUGAGGACAUGGAGGAUUCUGUUUGGAGCACAACUAGACAUUGUCUGGGGAAAUCUGUGGUCCCAUUCCUACGUUUGCUGAAGACUUAAGGAGAUGGGUGAGUGUGAGCGCACCCACCAGUUCUCCCCCGCAAGGCUGUUUUUCCUUCACUGGAGUUGCUGUCAGCUUCAGAGCCGUGGUGGGGAGAAGAACCAUGAAAAUCAUACAGGGAGGUUCUUACCGAGGAGAAUCAGUGGGCAGGAGUCAAGAUUAAGCAGCCCCUCUCACUCGCUGAUUCUCCCCAUCCAUGCUCCACCAGUCCCUGAAAUCAAGGGAAAUACAGGCCUCCACCUCUAUCUUGGGUCCCCCACAAAUUGCAGUUGGACUACAACUCCCAUCACCCCCAGCCACAGUGGCCAAAGGCCAGAGGUGAUGGGAAUUGUAGUCCAGCCGCAUCUGGGGACCCAAGAUUGGACACCUCUGUGCUAAGGUCUACUGCCUGAAAGACCUUCACCAGAGUACCUAAUUCUCUGUAGCUUUGAUAGUGGGGGGUGGGGUGGGGGUACCCAGCAGCUUCAGUGGAGGCCAAAUGUCUGGAAAGUUGGCCAAUCCCUUCCUUGUGGUCCAGCCUGGGCCCCGUUGCAGCUGGUGGUGUCACUUUCCCUGCCAGCAGCUGCAACCAGUCUCAGGUCUUGCCUUGCCCUGCGCAUCAAACCCUGCGCUCAGGACUCUUGAGGAGACGGAAUGGGGGCCUCCGGCGGGACCUUUUUAAGGGCAAAGAAGAGGAAUUCCCCAGCAAUUCAGGAAAGGAUUGGGGGUCGUUUCCAUCAUUUCUAUUUUUCACUGUUCAGUUUCGUUUCCCCCACCUCACCCCCAAAGCAAUCUCAGAUCCUUGUGAGCUGCUGGUACACUGAUUUUUGCAUUCAAUUAUUUUUUAAAAACAUCUUUUUUAGAAAAAUUAUAACGGUCCCUUGUGGUUAUUUUUUCAACUCUAUUUUUUUGGACAAUGCAGCCCAAUCCAACAGAAAGCUCUCCCGCACCAGUCCCGUUGGCGUGAAAGAGGCAGGAGCACGGAACGUGGGUGGAGGUUUCAGGGGUGCUGGAGCAGGAGAACUUCCCCCCGGAUUGCGCCACGUGGACUUUAGGGCAUCCUCUCUUGGCCUCCCACAGUUAUUUUUCUAGCAUUAUUUCCAGGUGGGAAGGGAGGGAGCAGUAACAUUUUGUACAUAAAGAUGACGGGAAAAGAAGAGCCCCCAACGCUGGGAUUUCAACCACCCCAUCAGGGCUUGUUCUCUGUGUAUUUAUCUUGUCGUACGGAGAAUUAUUCUCCUUUCUCAUGUUUUCUUUGGUAUAUUUUUUUAAUUUUUUUACUUUUUACAUUGUCCAUUGUGUGUCCUGUGAUGGCUGUUGUACAAUAGCAAUGUUGAUAAAUUCCUGGCUGCACUGUU